CGUUUUUAUGACUGGCUAAAUAAUGUGAAAAGCUACCAGGCUUUUGUCAAUAUUUGUUUUUUUCUGAUUUCACUGACAGAGGAUGAUCACCAAUUUUACUCACCAAAGGUACAAUGUAACGGUUCCUACGACUAGUAAUGGUCCGAAUAUGACAUUAAUUGUCUACAUGUUUGGCUGUGAAUAUCCACCUACACAGAAUGUUUUUAUGGAGACAUUUAUGUGCUUGUGUCACCGGUCAUUUAUUCUGGAAUGACCAAGUGAUCACCUGAAAGGUGUUGCUGUCCCGUAACUCUGAAAGGUGACAUAGGUACACAGACCCUCAGUUCGCAGUAGUUCUCAAGUCCACGUAUACACAAUCCAUCACUGAAACAAGGAAAUGAUGAACGGUCAUUAACAAGUUUAAGUCGGACAAAUUACUGUAACAUUCUCAAAGCGUUUUAUCGAACUGUAUCACAUAGUGACACGUGACUUCAACAUCCAAUCCACGAGCCUCAGGAGGAAUCCUCCUUAUUUGUAUCCGCCUUUGUCUAUAUGAAUGAGUUGGUGAUGUAGUAAUUACACGGCAAUCGUUUACGCUCACUCACCGGCAUUAAAUCAUGUGCCUUGAGAGAUAUUCGGCGUACGAUCCCGUGACAGGUGUAGUUCCGUGGUUAAGAUAAGGAAAUCGUAGUUACUACGGAAAUGGAUUCACCAUUGGAUUAAUACAUAAGUGUGCUACCAUGGGAUGGAUUGGUCACUUUUCUCCAAAUCUAGACCCACGUGCUUUGCAAUAGUCUUUGAAAAGUUGUACUUUCAGAGAAAAAUUUCUAACGGAUAUAUAUUUUUCAACGACGUGAUGUUACUCCGAGCUUUUGAUGGAUUGCACGUAAUAACAUGCGCGACACAUAUAUCUACUCAGGGAAACUAAAUAUUCCGUGAUUGAAUGUAAGAUCAAUAUGUCCAGUAACGGUAAGGUGUGUUUCUGGCCUUGGCCUUUAUUUAUAAUCAAUUAUAAAACAUUUUUUCUUUUUUUCCUUGCUGUAAGAGGAAACUAUGCGUCCCUUCCUCAGCGGGUGAAAAGGCAAGAUUUCUUUGGAGGUACAAAACCAGAGGGCGCCACAUGUUUGUUUGAUCCAUGUCUAAACAUAGAUAAUUAUUGUAAGAAUUCAGGGACGUGUUUCCUCAACACCACAACCUGUAUGUUCAAAUGUUUUUGUGCGCCUGAGUACACGGGACCAAAGUGUAACCACCUGAUACCACCCAGCACCCAGUCCCCCCCGUCCACGAUUUCUACAGCCAUAUCCCCUUCCACUCCUAUUAUCACAGACAACGUACCUAGUACAACGUUACGACCCCUUGAGGAACGCGAGUGUAUCCAAGGAUUCGAGUGUAUCCAUGGCUUCUGUGACAAACAUUUCGGAUUUAAGUGUGCAUGUGACUACGGAUGGACAGGAGCAUUUUGCAAUAUUUUAAAAUGCCCACUUCAAUGUCAGGCUGAUGAAAAAUGUUUGCUGAGGAAUGGCACAUUCUACUGUCAUAAACCGGAAACCCAAAUCCAGGAAGUGAGUGCAUCGACAACGGAAGUAGCAUCAAAAGAACUUCCGGGCGUCGUGGAUAUAUGUAAUUGUGAUGUACGUCCCAGAGGAGGAUUGUGUGAAGACAAAUGUUCAUCCAAUGGUAUGUGUCAGAAGAACAAUCAAAAUAUGGAAUAUUGCAAGUGUAAUAAAGGAUAUGAAGGCAGAUUCUGUGAAAUCAAUGCUAAGGGUAGUUCCAAAUCUGAAUUUGAAAAACAGAACGCUUGUUCCGCAAAUUACACCAUCAGGGAUUUAGACCUUCGUGAAUGCGUCCCAAAUUUCGUUUGUAUCUAUGGACAGUGUAAGAAACCCCAGAGAAAAGACAUCGGUCUACAACUUGAAUGUGCUUGUGAUGAAGGUGCGAUCGGAGGAUUGUGUCAGAAUCAGUGUUGUCUUCAAUGUGCAGAACACGGGAAAUGUAAAACAUAUAUGAAUGGUACGGAGUACUGCUACUGUGAAUACGACUAUGAGGGCGAGUUCUGCGAAAACAAGAUUACUAUUGAAGAUGCGAAGAAGGACACCUGGUAUCUGUGGGUGGUCGGAGUGUGUGCAGGUGUGCUCGGACUGCUUAUCCUCGCCCUGGUCAUUAUACCUUACUGGAUGUGGCACAAUAGGGUCACUGUCAUCAUGAAGAUUGUCCAUUACUUUCAGCCUUAUGAAGACGAUGAUGAAAGAACGUGGGACGCGUUUGUUUCAUACAAAUCUACGGAUGUCGAUCAGAAUUUCGUGCUCCACACACUGUUUCCGAAAUUGGAGAAAGAACUCGGCUUUACAUUGUGUCUACACUUCCGAGAUUUCAUGCCCGGAGAGACGAUUGCCAACAAUAUAAUCAACGCCGUAAACAACAGCAGGAGAACCAUCCUUAUAUUGACUCCCCGCUACAUUGAGAGUGAAUUCACACGGUUUGAAUACCAAGUUGCCCAACAUGAAAUGUUAAAACGUAAACAUAGGAUUAUUCCCAUCUUACUUGAAGAUAUAUCGGACUCGAUCAGUUCGAUGGACCCGAAUCUGCGACAAAUAAUCAGGUCGGUCACAUAUAUAGAAUACCCAGGAGCAGACGCUACAGAAAAGAAACUAAAUACAUUUUGGAAGAGAAUGAGUCUGUCUAUGCCAAAAACAAGAUCAACAGAGGAACAUCAAAAACAAUUAGACACCCAAAACAAAUCGAGUGAAGAUAGCGUUCCGAAUGUCAUAUCCCUCAACGGUGAUUGUAAUGUCUCAAGUAACAAAACGGAAACGGAAACGACGUCUUUCUCAAAUGGCGGUAUACAUCCCACAGACAAUAACGAGAUCAGUGUUCAAAUAACAGAGGAAAAUACAGUGGCGUGUAAGAACAUGAAGAACGAGAGCAAUGGAGAGUUGUAUAACAAAGCAUUCAUUGAUGAUUAGAAAGGAAGAUAGUCGAUCCAUGCAGCUUAAAUCUAAUUCAACUCUACCUCAAACGAACCAGUGUUAUUUUCGUCUAUGUUAGGUAUUAUACGUACGAAACGGUGUUAUCAAAGGUAGUAUCGAGUAAGUUAAUUAUCCUUAUUGGUAAUAUCAUUUGGUUGUUUGAGUGACGUAGCUGAGGAUUUUUAGGGUAUUAUACGUACCAAACGGUGUUAUCCAUGGUGAUAUCAAGUUAAGCAUCCGUACUGGUAUGAUAAUCUGGUUAUAUGAGUGACAUGACUUCAGUUAGAAAGGCUAUCAUACGUACCAUACGGGUUUUAUCUAAGGUAGGAUCGAGUAGUUAAAGAUCCUUAUUGGUAACUGUUUGAGUGACGUAGCGGAGGAUAUCAUAGGUACCAAACGAGUGUUAUCUAAGGUAGGAUCAAGUAAGUUAAAGAUCCUUAUUGGUAACAUUAUCUUGAUGUUUGAGUGACGUAGCUGAGGCUAUUUAGGGUAUCAUACUUACCAAAAGGUGUUAUCUAAGGUAGUACCGAGUAAGUUAAAGAUCCUUAUUGGUAACAUUAUCUGGUUAAGUGACUUGGCUUCAUUAUAAUGUAGAGCUGUUGAAAUGUUGCGUUAUUCAAACUCACAAAUAUUUUUACUUCGCUGUCAAAAUUUGUUGAAUUUACCUCUUUCCAGUAAUGUAAAAAAUGUGAAUGUCACCUUAAAUUGUAUAAUUAUUACUAGAGUAUACAACGUACCUUUUUAGUUAAGUCUAUUAUAUUCUGAAUCCGUGUUACUAUUCGUAUGAAUUGUUGCAUGUUAAACAGUAUAAAAUUGAUUUCUAACGAAGAAAAACAGAAAUUACUCGUAAAUAAAUACAUUUGUAAUAUCAAAUUAUAAAAAAACGAUAAAUACAUUAUGUUUUACCUUUUAUAUACUUUACUCUGGCGUAUGAAUUCCACAUAGGGUCUUUAACCUCUACUAGAACAGGAAAAGCGUGUAAUUGUAUACAAAUUCGUUUGUAUAAGCUAUUAGGCUUCAUGUUCUGCCCGUUUAUUACAUACUCGUGAAGUGCGUGUGUCACAUUGCGUGGACCAUUCUGUUUAUCUGUAGAAAUUCAUUGUCGUAUCAUGUGUACAUUAUUAAAGCCAAUUAUAGCUUAUGACAAUAAAUUGAUAAGGAUACA